AUGUCAUCAAAAAGAUUAGCUGAUGUUUACGGUAUUUACAAUUCUUGUACAAAUGUAACAUCAAACAUCUUGAAAAUUCAACGAAAGAAUGCAGAAAUUUUUAUAAAGACAUCCAAUUGGAAAUGGUCAAUAAAUCAUCUGCAAAAACCGCCAAAUUAUAAUAAAUCAGAUGAUGAAAAAAUAUUUGAAAUAGAAGAAAAAGAAAAUAAAAUUGAUGUUAAUGUUGUUGAUAAUAGUUUAGAUAUUGAUAAUAAUAAUCCAUCAGAUCAGAUACAUAAAAAUGUUCUCAAAGAAUCAAAAAUCCCAACAACAAGAAUCGGUAGAUUAUUUCAUUAUGGUGGUUUGGCUGUAGGGAUAGGAAUUGGCGCAGCAGGUGAAACCUUAAGAAGAGUGACAGGAAAUUCAAAAUCUCAAGAUGGUUCUGUGUUAAUAAAUGAGGCAAAUAUUAAUCGUCUGGUUAAUAGAUUGUCCAGAAUGAGAGGUGCAGCUUUGAAAUUAGGACAAAUGUUGAGUAUUCAAGAUAAUGAUAUGUUACCGGAACAAUUGGAAAACUUACUUUUACGACUUCAAAAUAGUGCUAAUUACAUGCCUAAUUGGCAAAUGGAGAAAGUGAUGGCGAAAGAAUUGGGUAAACAUUGGCGCCAAUAUUUUAUGAAAUUUAAUCAAAUACCAAUUGCAGCAGCAUCAAUUGGACAAGUACACAGUGCAGAAUUGAUAGAUUCCAAGAUUCCAGUGGCCAUAAAGGUUCAAUACCCAGGUGUUGUUGAAUCAAUUGAUUCAGAUUUAAAAAAUCUAAGAACUUUAGUCAUAUUAAGUAAUUUAUUACCCAAAGGACUUUACCUUGAGAAUACAAUUAAAGUGGCUAGAAGAGAAUUGGCGUGGGAAACUGAUUAUGUGAGAGAAGCUGAAUGUAUGGAGAAGUUUGAUGAGUUAUUGAAAGAUGAUAAAGAUUUUGUUGUACCAAAAGUUUAUAAAAAUUUAUCAGGAAAUAUGGUGUUAACGUCUGAACGAAUGAUGGGCGAACCAUUGGCAUAUGCUAAUAAUUAUAGUCAAGAAUUGAAAGAUCAAAUUGAAUUGAUUGAUUUUGGUGCAAGUAGAAGUUUUGAUCAAAAAUUCACUGAUUUAUAUUUGCAGAUUUUAAAAGCUGCAAUCAAAGGAAACAAAGAAGAUUGUAUACAUUAUUCUGAACAAUUAGGAUUUCUAACCGGAUAUGAGACUGAGGCAAUGAAAGAUGCACAUGUUGAAUCAAUAUUAACAUUAGGAGAACCAUUUACAAAAUCAUUAUAUGAUUUCUCAAAACAAACUAUUACUCACAGAGUCAGGAAUCUGAUACCAACAAUGUUAAAAUAUAGAUUAACACCACCACCUGAUGAAACUUAUAGCCUACAUAGAAAAUUAUCCGGCGCUUUUCUAUUAUGUGCUAAAUUAAACUCAAAACAGUGUAACAUUCGUUUACAUAAUAAAAUAACGUUGAUUGAUAACAAAUUUUUUCAUGAAAAAAUGUCUACUAUUACUAAAAUUGAAAACCAUGAAAAUGCUUCAAAAGAAAUAAUGGCAAAUCAAGAUUUUGCCGAAGAAAAUAUUUCAGACGAUAAAAAUGAUAACGAAGUAACCGCAGCAACAGGGGGAGGAACAACAACAUCGGAAAAAUCAAAAAUAGAAAAGAUAUUGCCGCCCGAUUCAAUGGCAGGAGAAGAAAAAUCAAAUGAAAAAGAAAUAAAAAGAAAUCUUGAAAGAAUAUUAUGGGAAGAAAAUUGGGAAAAAACAGUUAAAAAUAUAAAAAUUGCAGAACCCACGCUUCUCAAUGCUACUAAUAAGAUUAUCAACACACCAACAUCAACUGUAGAUAAUAAUCCAUCUUUGAAUGACGAGGAUACAUCAAUGAAAUCAGAUUAUGGUACAGAAAAAGAUCAAAUAAAUUGUCCAUUCUACAUUAAAACUGGAGCUUGUAGAUAUGGAGAACAAUGUGGUAGAAUUCAUCCAUAUCCAGAAAUAAGUAAUACUAUUCUAAUUAAAAAUAUGUAUGAAGGGAUGCCAAUUCAGUUAGCAGACGAAGAUAAUGAUGAUAAUUUGGAGGCAAAAAAAGCAUUAGAAUCUAUAAAUGGAAGAUGGUAUGCUGGUAAACAAUUAAGAUAUGAGUUUUGUCCUGUUACAAAAUGGAAACCUGCAAUAUGUGAUUAUAAGGAUAAGAAAAGGAGGAGAAGUAGUAGUAGCAGUAGUGAUAACAUCAAUAAUAAGAAUAGUAGGAGUACUAAGCAUAAGAGUCAUGAAAACAAAGAUAAAGUUUCAUCACCUGUUUACACCCCAAAAUCACCAAAUUUCUCUUCGAUUGGAUUAUCGAAAAUCGAUGAAAUUAAUAUUUAA